AUGAAUAUAGGAAAACAGUUUGGGUAUUUUCCAAAAGAUGCAGUUCAAGUUGAAGAUGUAUUAGUGUCAACUGAAAUAGAACUACCAACCAAGGAAAGUGACUUCCUUUGUCUUGAUGGUGGUGAUUAUUACAUCGAAAGUGAAGAAACUGAUUCAGUUAGUGAUGAAUAUGGGGAAAAUUCAAACUCAGAAGAAAUAAAAUCCAUAUUAGGACAUCAGUCUGAGUCCAACAUAAACAGCCAGGAUUACAAAGGUAAUUCUGCUAAAGAUGAACUUGUGGACAAUUUAAUUAAUCUUUAUAAAGAGCAGUUUCAAAGAACACAUCAUGCUGCAGAUGAUGCUGUUUUAGAGAUGACACCUAGUAACGAACAAAUUGAACCAAGUCUAGCAACUGAUGUGAUUGGACAAGUCAAUGAGUUUCAUUCAGCAGCUGAUAAUCUGAAUCAAUUAAAUGAAGCAAGUGCCUCCAAACACACAGAUAACAAUGAAUUAAAAUCAGAAACAGGUCCUGAAUCUGUGUACAGUCAACACAUUGCCCCAGAAAGUGAACUUUCAGGGCAGGAGAUCAGAGAAAAACCUGCUAUCACAUCUGAAAGCAACGAAGAAUCUAAAUUUCUGCAAGAAGCAUCUAGUUGGAUUGGAUCUAGAAUUAGCGGGUGGUUUGGUUCAAAAAACGAUCUGGAUAAAAAGCCUGUGGAACUGAUAAACACCUUUAAAAGUCGAAAAAUUGCAUUAGGUGAUGCUGAAGAUACUCCAGCAUAUGAAGCAAUGGAUGAUCAAAUUAAUGAGCAUUUCAAGGACAAAGAAAACCUUGGUUCUGAAACUUCAUCCUGGAUUGGUGAUUUGUCCAAAUUGUUCAGCUUCACUAGUGAUUCACCAGAAGAUGCUUUAUCCAGUGAUGAUGAUAAAAGUAGAGAAGAGCUUGAAAAUAUAAAUUCAUUUUCUGUUGAUGAUUCAACAGUCCCAAGUAAAAGUGAGAUACCUAACCUGGAAAACAAAACACCUGACCUUUCAGUUCCAAGUGAAAUAAAGCUACAAUCUAGUAGUUCAGAGAAAAUAUCAAAAGAUACCAGCAGAGCUACUCACAAUUUAAUGGAUAAUGAUCAGUUGAUAUUUAAUUAUACGGACAAAGCAUGGGCUGGUCAAACUGGUACAGGUGAGAAUUCAGGCAUAUCCAAAGAAACAGAAAAUGUUGGAGUAAAGAAUCCAACAGAUAAAGAUGGAUCAAAAACAUGGUGGUUUGACUUUAAUACUGCAAGGAAAACAUUUAGAUUUAAUGAAAACAAUGGAGAGCAGACUUCCAAGACAUCAGAAGGAACACAAGACAGUGCUGUUAACAAAGAUUCUAUAAGAGGCACUGAUAGAUCAAAACCAUCACCAUGGUAUCACUUUGGUUUGAGUGAGACAUUCGGCUUUAGUCAAGGCAAUGAGGAUCAGUUGGCUUCCAAUUUGCAAGAAGAAACAAAGAAAUGUAUCACUGAAAGCAACAAAAACACAAUGAAUAGUGAAUCUGAAGUUUGUUCUCCCAUACUUGUAGUGGAUCAAGCUCCAAGAGAAAGAGAGGCAUUGAUUGUUGAUUCAUUAAUAAAUGAAGAACCAAUCCACUAUCCAGAAAUAAAUCUCUGUAAAAUGGAGAAUGAUAUUAAUUGCCUCUCUGAAGACUUGCAACAGACUGCAAAGGAACCUGGGGUAAUAAAAAGUGAAAACACUCAAAAGGUACAUUCUACAAAUAGUUUAGAAAAUAGUUUCAGAUUUGAUGGCACAGCAUCAAAGCUUAAAGAUAUUUGGAAACUAGAAGUUCAAAAUCUACAAGAGCAACAUUCAAUGAUGGAUUCAAAAUUGGUAGGAGAUAAUAAACCUUUGACUCAGAAAAGUAUCCAUAAAGAACAAUAUCUGCAAGAACAUUUAAAAAUUCCUUCAGUAGUUAAACAAUCUAACUCAGAUUAUAUGAGGUCAAUGACACAUAAAGAUCUACAAACUAAAGAAACAUCACACAGUAAACACAAUUUCUUGCACAGCCAGGAUCUAAUUUCAUCAAUAGGAGAAUUUGGUGUUGAAAGUAAAGAUCAAGCUUUAGAAUUUGGACUGCAUAAGGAAGAACAACAUUUAACAUUGGAUCCUGAAUUGCCGCCUACUGGAGAUCGAAGUUCAGAAAGUACAGUCACAAACUCCGCAAAACCUUCAGCAUUGGACAAAUUACAGGCUGAAGAAACUUUACAACAUAAUUUAGUUUCUGAUUCGGAAUCAAAUUUACUUCUUUCAAAUGCUGCUAAUUCUAUGUCACAGAAUACCUUACAGAAUAAAGACAAUUUUUCACAGGAAAACAAAUUAAUAAAGUCGGACUCCCAACAAAUUACUGUGACAGAUAGGGAUCAAUAUCCAGAAAAAGAAUUGCCACAUGAACAACUAAUCUCACAACAGCAACAUAUUGAAUCAACCAUGGAACUGGAACAGCUUGGUAUUUCAGAUGAAAAUAAGCUAUUAUCCCAUACGCAAACUUUUAAUGAACAGCAAACUUUAAAUUCUGAAUUUGAUGAACUUACUACCUCUGGUCAAGAUAUUCCUUCUUCACAGAAUGAAUUGGGGAACAAAGAAUGCAUCACAGAAGGAAAGCACAUAACAUCAGCAAAGCAGGAAAUUUUAGAUAAUUAUAAUCCUUUAUCACAGAAUGAAAAACAAGCAUUAGAGGAAAGGCAUCCAUCAAGUUUGGUUGAUAAGAAGAUCACAGUUAUAAAUACCUAUGGUCCUUCCUUAAAAGAACAAAUGUGUGAUGAAGCCCAGAGAGUACUGUCUCUUCAGCCAGCUUCAGAUCCUACUCACACUUUGCCACAGGAAGAAUUUUACAGUGGCAGCAACACCUUGCAACAACAAGCCCCAGUAUCAGACUCUGAAUCCAGUCAGUUUACUUUGGAUCAUGGUGAAGCUGAAUUACGGCACUGUUUGCAUGAAGAAGAGCAUGUCUUCAAAGAGUGUCUGCCCAUAAAACCUGAAUCUAAUCAGGCUGCUCCAGAUAUUGAGAAAUCCCUUUUACUGAAAAAAUGUGAUGGGCAAGACUUGCAAGAAUACCAAAUAAGUUGUACUUCUGAAUCUAACUGGCUUUCUGUCUCAGAUCAUAGUAAAAAUGCAUUGUCUGAAAAAUUGCAUGUGCAUGAGGAAAUUCUCCAGGCAAGUAUUUUGACACUUCAACAGUCUGAAAAACAUACUGAUUCAGAUAAAGAUAGACUUCUGUUAAAUGAAAAAAUGAAUGAUAAACACCAUGCUUUACAGACACAAUGUAUAAUUUCAGAUUUAGCAUUAAAACCGCUUACUACAAUAGAUAAUACAGAAUCCUUAUUGCAAGACAAAAAACAAACUUUAUCAGAUCAGUUAUCAAGUUCACAAGUUGAAGAGCUCACUGUUUCAAAUGAUGGCAAAACCUUGAAACAGGAAAACCCUUUCCAUCAACAAAACAACAUGGGAGAUAAAAUAACUUUAGAAUCAGAACAAUCCGUUGUAUUACAUUCCACAGAGGAGUUAUCACAAGAAGAAACAAAAGUAACCAAAGUUAAUAGUAACACAACCUUACAUAGUGAAAAAAGAAACAAGAUGCAUAAAACUAAUGUGGAACUUGUGAAUUCACUGCUUUCUGAGAAUAUGAAUCUUACUGGAGUAAGUUUCAGUAGGGCUGAGGACACUGAUACUAAAGUUGAACCACAACUGAUUAUCAAGGAAACAAGGACAGUUGAAACAAAUGACAACCAUAGAGAGAUUAAGAAUACAAUAAGUGAAAAAGCAACACAACCAUUGAUUGAUCCUAUAACCCCAAACCUGUGGGAAGAAAAAACAUUGAGUGAUUCUGAAGAGCUGUCAGAUAUCUCCACUCCUAAAAGUCUAUAUACAAGUCAGUUAAGCACAACAGUAAUGCCUAAUCCAGAUGGUGCCAAUGAAAAUAUAAAUCCAGCUAUUUCUGCAAGUGCUGAAAAUGAACAUAGAACAAGACAUGUGACUGAUGAAGAAAUAACAAUAGUGAGAGAUGUUGAAUUCAGUGAUGACCAAACCAGCAGUUCCUCAUUCUGGGGAAGGCAGUCACCUUUAGAAGAAGUAAAUAAACCAUUUGAAAAACUCAGAGUAAGGCAUACAUCAUCUGACAUCUUAAACCUAAAUAGUAAUCUUAAAUUAUUAAAAAAGCAAAUGGGUAUUGCUCAUCUGCAGCAUUUGGAAAGAUGUUUUGAUAAAACAAAGCUCUUAUGGUUGGAAGAAAUUCUUGAACAGUUAGAGAAUGAGAAUUGCAAUAAUGGUUUUAAUAACAUUCUCCAAAAAGUGAACACUUUUGAAGAUAGUUUCUGGCAAAACAAAGACUUCACAUGUGACAAGAAUGAUGCAAACAUUGAAUAUAUAAUGAUUGAAAGACAACAUGAUGAAGAUACAGAGAUGUUUCAAAAGCUACAAGAUAUCCUAACUGCCAUCAAAAUGAAAUGCACCUCAAAUAUCUCUAGUUCAAGCACCAUUGAAGAUGCUUUCAGUUCUGGAGAUAUUUUGAAGGCUGGUGUUACAAAUAAUGAGCCAAUUUCAGAUAUUUCUCGUGAGAAUGGUCACACUAACAAAGAUAUCCAGGAGCAGAAGACAGCCAAAGAUAUUACUUCAGAAGUUACAGAGACACCAACAUUGGAAAUGCCUCUGUUAAACUUAUCAGAAAAAAUACCAGAUUUGGAGAAAGCAGCUGUCAAAACUAUGAUGGAAACUAAGUUAGGAAAUCAAAUACAGAAAAAGUCACAUGAUAUUAAGACAGAGGAAAGAAUUUAUGACAAAAUAGAAGAGAAAAUGGCAUCCUCAUCUUUGAAUAAAGAUUUUGAGGUUAAAAAAUCAUCAGGAAUCAUCAAUUCAAAAAUCAAAGUUGCAAGUGAAAAUAAUAAUGAAUAUAAGCCGAGUGUCAAGAAUAUAGAUUUCCACAAAGUAGCCAGUGUGUUUGACCUUGAUUUCCAGGCUAUCCAGAUAGCAACUGACCAGUUCAUCAACAAUUUCUACCUGAAGGUGAUGGAUGCGUUGUCUGAAGAUGCUGAAGCUAUUUUGAACCUGCAAGGUACUUACACCGAGUUGUUCCUGAUUCCAGCUCUGGUGGGGUUUGUUACCACAUUGCUGUUUAUACAAAGGAUCUGCCGAGCAAUCAAAAGCAGAAGGUACUUUGGGAGAGAAAAACAACUUGCAGGGACAGUUUCUCAGCUGCUUGAUGAAAAAUGUAAAUUUCUCGAAAGACUAAGUGAUUGCACACAAAAGUACAAAGAAUUUGAAUCAUCUGUAAAGAAUGCUGCUGACUUAAAAGAAUCAACAGAAACAACAACUUUACAGCUUCAGGACGCAUAUGCCAAGUUGGAUAAGUCAAAUGGCAAUCUUAGACAAACCAUUGAUCAGCUCACACAGGACCUAGAAGAAGAAAAGCAAACCAGAUCCCAAUGCAGCAAUUUGAUUACAGAAAUCCGAGCAAAUUUAACUACCCUAGAAAAUGAAGCACAGAACCUUCAAGUCCAAAUUGAAGAGACUACAACUGAAUUAAAAGCAAUUCAGAUUAACAACUCCAAGCAUCAGGAAUCCUUCCAAACUGCGCAAGAAGAAAAUUAUCAUCUUAAACAAAGCAAAGAACAGCUAUUGCAAGAAUCAGAAGGAUGGGAGGAGCGGUACAGUGAACGUUCUGAACAAAUUAAAUUAUGCGAGAAGACACAGAAAGAUAUUCGGAGAGUUUUUGCAAGUAAAGAGAAUGAGGUGAAGACUCUGACAAGCUGCCUUCUAAAGAUGAAAUUAUGGAAUGUACCUGAGGAGGAAAGUCCUGCUGAAGAAAUGUCAGAAGAACAGCAAAAGGAAAAAAUUGAAAAAUUGAUUUAUUUUGCGAAGUUAAAUGCUGAGUUGAAGUCGGCAGAAGAUGAAAGAAAUCAGAUUUACAGCAAGUUAUCUGAUGAAAUCAAAGCAAAGCAAGAGCUGAUGGAGCGAAUUGAAAAACUUCAAUUAGAACAUACUUCUGUACAAAAUGAGACAACUCAGUUUGAGACUGAAUACAAGACCAUUCAGCAGAAGUUAAAGAUCAUGACAGAAUUAUACCAUGAGAAAGAGAUGGAACUUCAAAGAAAUUUGACAUUAGAGGAGCAUCAGCGUCUACAGAAGGAAGAGAAGCUUUCUGAAGUCGAUGAAAAGAUUAAUCAAGCAACUGAGGAACUCAAUAUUUAUAGGCAACGUGCUAAAGAUCUUGAAGAAGAAUUAGUUAAAACUAUACAGUCGUAUAAAAAUCAAAUUGUAUCUCAUGAGAAGAAAGCACAUGAUAAUUGGCUGUCCGCUCGUGAAGCAGAUCGAGAGCUUGGCAAUAUUAAGAGAGAGAACAUUCACCUUCGACAAAAGAUAACUGAAGCGGAAUUCAAAAUGGACAUAGCAUUGAAAGGUCCACUUGUCAAUGAUACGUCUGGAAGGCCAGCAUUAUUAAGUUCUUCAACACUUGUCCCACCUUACAGAGGAAGUUCUCCGUAUGGUUCUUCUCCAGUGGGUCGACCUGGCUCUGAUUCCAUGGGCUUUCUGUCACCUCCAUUGAUAGAUGGACCCUUAAGGUUUUCACCUUUGUUUCCUGGAAGACCAGAUUUCAAAACACAAGGUCCAUCAGUCCAUGCCUCAAAUGAAAAUGCAGAUUCAGUCUCUGACCAGUUGUCUGAUCACCAUGGUCCGCAGUCAGAUAGUGGUUCGCUGUCCCCUGUGUGGGAAAGAGAACGGAAGCUCUUGGAGACACCAUCAGGUGAAUGCUCAACGCUGGAAAGUAGCAUGGAAAUUUCAAAUUCUGCUCCAGGGAAUCAGACACAAGUCCAUGCAAGUCUACUUCAUGGCACAUCAAGUAUAUCUAUAAACCAAACCCUACCUACUGAACCUGACUUUGGAGUUAGACCUGGUUUUGCAGCUGCUUCUGCUAAGCAAAUACCUUCCUUACCUUUUGAUCCACGAGGUCACUUCCUGCCCAGGGGAAUUCCACUUCGUCCACGUAGUGGAAUCUAUGGUCUUCCAGAACACAUCCCUCUAAGAGCUUUUGGUUUACCACCUCAUCCUGCCAUGGGAAUGAGAGAUCCAGUACAGGCAGGAGUAAAUCAUCUCCCACUGCCUCAGCCUACAUUUCUUCCACCAAGACAACUUCUAGAUGUACCAAGUGGUCUUCUCCCAUCUCGGCAGCCUGUACCCAAGUUUUCUGCACCAGAACACCCAUCAGAAGAAAAAUGAAUUAGGUGAGGGGAAUAAAAACCUCUAGCCAUGUUGAGUCAAAUGUACAUUAAAGAUGUGAAUUAUAAAUAACUUUAAUUGGUUAAUAUUUAAUAUGGACUUUCCAAUUUGGAAUAAAGACACAUUCUGACAAAA